AUGACUCGAAUUAAACGUCCUUUAUUUGGUGGUGCUAUUCAAGCAUUUUUACCUGAGGGAGCAAUUGAUGCAAGUUCAAUUCGAAUUGUUCCAAAUAAUCAAGAAGUAUUUAUGCAUGUUCAAUCUGAUCAAAGUGUAAUUAUUGAAAUUCUUGAACGAGUUGAUGAAGUAUCUGAUGAAAAUGCUAUUAAAUAUCAUUUUGAUGCAUUAGCUGAAGCAAAUGAUGCAAAUAAUAUUCAAGAUCAUAUUAUUAAUAGAAUCGAACCAAUUCCAAUCAAUUCACUUAUUGUUCAACGAUUAACUUCAGCUUGGUAUUUAUUUGGUCAACAACAAAUAUCAAAAUAUCAUGAACAAGCAAAAAAUCUCGUUCAUAUUCAUGUUUGUCUUCUACGUUUGGGUGGUGAUCUUGCAACAGAUAUUCUUAUUUCAUUCAAUGAUCCAGUUUUUAUUAGUGAACAAAGUAGUAGUAAUGAUCAACAAAAUCAAAAUGCUUCACGAUGGACAUUACACGAUUUUGAACAAUUUUUUCGUUCAUUAGAAAUAGUUGAUUAUGGUUUAUUUGUAACAGAAUCGAAUAAUUCGAACUUACAAUCGAACGAUGUUGAUAUGUCUUAA